CGAGGGAGGGGCGCGGGAGAUUAGUUUGGGAAGUAGCGCCCCGCGCUCAUCCGAUCCGCGCGGCCGCGCCGGCUGUGUCAAGUUACAGAGGCGCCGGAAUCGGCCCCAGCACGGCUCACUGCGGCCACGACCCACCUCAGCCCAUGGGGCCCUGCAUGCGCGCCCCUUCGCCUGGGGACUGACACCCUCUCGCCCCGGAGACGCAAGACACCUCGUAGGACCCCGAGAGUCGCACCAGCCCGAGGACUCUGCAGAGGCGAGAAGGGAAAGAGCGUGGGAGUGGGGCCAGAGCCCCCCAACUUGGAGCAUUCUUCGAAAUAACUUUUUUCCUACUUCAGCGCACCCUGGUCGCGCCUGCUGGUGCUCUUGCCUGUCCCCCACUCCGACUGCUCAUUUUCUGUCCUCCUCGAAGAGUAAAGGAAAGGGACGUUCUCCAGCCACGCUAACCCCGUUUCCCCCUGCCUUGCAGUUUGGAUUGCGCUUCUUGGAUAUCACUUUUAUUUAUUCUAUUUAUUUAUUUAUUGGUUCUUAAGACGCGAGGGGAUGGUGGCGGAGCGCGCCCGCAAAGCGGCAGCCACAGGCACUCGCGGCCCUGGGGAGCUGGGCGCGUCUGGGCCCGGGACGGUGGCGCUGGCGGAGCUGUGCGCGAGGCUGCCGAGCCCCGGGUGCUGCGGACUGCUGGCGCUGGCGCUGUGCUCGCUGGCGCUCAGCCUGCUCGCCCACUUUCGGACCGCCGAGCUGCAGGCCCGGGUGCUGCGCCUGGAAGCGGAGCGCGGGGAGCAGCAAAUGGAGAAAGCUAUUUUGGGACGAGUCAACCAACUGCUGGACGAGAAAUGGAAGUUCUACUCGCGCAGGCGCCGGGAGGCCCCGAAGAUAUCUCCAGGAUGUAACUGCCCACCAGCUACCAGUCCAACCAUCACAGGACUAAGGCAGCUGGCCUCCACCCCUGAGGCCUUUGCACCCACUCCUCUCUUCUCCAGGUACAACAGGUCAUCUCUGGGCAUCCUGUUGCAGCCCAUCCUGGGUUAUCUGGGACGAUCUGCAUCAUUCUCCCCUCUGUUCCAUGACCUGCAGCAUGCACAGUUCUCCAUUGCAUGUCCUGGGAAAGCCUGCAGGAGUGGUGAGCAUGCUAAGGGCAUCAAUCUCCCCAGCGUCUUCUGUGACCUUUCUGCUCAUGCACUGGAGGCCACCAAGGAACAACUUGGAACGCAAACACUGGCAGGACCCCAAGAAUGCAGUCGGGAAGGACCUCCUGGCCCCACGGGAAGACCUGGACUCCCUGGGGACAAGGGUGCCAUCGGGAUGCCUGGACGUGUGGGUGUCAAAGGUCAACCAGGCGAGAAGGGUGCCCCUGGAGAUGCGGGGAUGUCCAUCAUCGGGCCUCGAGGCCCCCCUGGUCAGCCAGGCACUCGAGGCUUCCCUGGAUUUCCGGGUCCCAUUGGUCUUGAUGGCAAGCCGGGCCACCCAGGACCUAAAGGAGAGACGGGCCUGGUGGGUCCCCGAGGACAACCGGGCCCUCAGGGACAAAAGGGAGAAAAGGGUCAGUGUGACGAGUACCCACACAGGCUGUUGCCUCUCCUCAAUUCAGUGCGGCUGGCUCCACCCCCUGUCAUUAAAAGGCGGACCUUUCAGGGGGAACAAGGCCAGGCUGGCAUCCAAGGCCCUCCAGGGCCACCAGGCCCCCCAGGACCAAGUGGCCCUCUGGGACACCCAGGACUGCCAGGGCCUAUAGGGCCACCUGGUUUACCUGGGCCUCCUGGAGCAAAGGGAGAUCCAGGGAUCCAGGGCUACCAUGGCCGCAAGGGAGAACGAGGCAUGCCAGGAAUGCCCGGCAAGCAUGGAGCAAAGGGGGCUCCUGGGAUCGCCGUGGCUGGGAUGAAGGGCGAGCCUGGGACUCCAGGAGCCAAGGGAGAAAAAGGUGAUGCAGGCAAUGCCAUUGGAGGAGGCAGGGGGGAGCCUGGCCCCCCAGGGCUCCCUGGGCCCCCUGGGCCAAAGGGAGAAGCUGGUGUGGAUGGCCAGGCUGGACCCCCAGGACAGCAAGGAGACAAGGGGCAGCCAGGAGCAGCUGGGGUGCAGGGACCAGCUGGCCCCAAGGGCUCCAAGGGUGAACCUGGGAAGGGAGAGAUGGUGGAUUACAAUGGAAACAUCAACGAGGCGCUUCAGGAGAUCAGGACACUGGCCUUGAUGGGUCCUCCUGGUCUUCCUGGACAAACAGGCCCACCUGGACCUCCAGGGAGUCCAGGCCAAAGGGGGGAGAUUGGACUGCCAGGCCCUCCGGGACAUGAUGGGGACAAGGGACCUCGAGGAAAACCAGGAGAUACGGGGCCCACUGGCCCUCAAGGGCCCCCAGGAAAGGAUGGGCCUCCCGGAAUGAAGGGAGAGACCGGACCCCCAGGGAGCCCUGGGGAGAAAGGGGAGACAGGAGAAGCAGGCCCUCAGGGUCUAGACGGCCCAACUGGGGAGAAAGGAGAACCAGGUGACGAAGGGAGGCCCGGAGCAACAGGAUUACCUGGGCCCAUCGGGCUCCCAGGAUUCACAGGAGAGAAAGGAGAAGCUGGGGAGAAAGGUGACCCAGGAGCAGAGGUUCCGGGGCCACCAGGGCCAGAGGGGCCUCCAGGACCUCCAGGCCUCCAAGGUGUUCCUGGACCAAAGGGAGAAGCAGGCCUAGAUGGCUCCAAAGGAGAGAAGGGUUCCCAGGGAGAGAAAGGAGACCGGGGACCUCUGGGAUUGCCUGGAGCUUCAGGUUUGGACGGCAGGCCUGGGCCACCGGGUACUCCAGGACCAAUUGGGGUUCCAGGCCCAGCUGGACCAAAGGGCGAGAGGGGCAGCAAAGGAGACCCAGGGAUGACAGGACCAACGGGAGCAGCAGGGCUUCCUGGUUUACACGGACCACCCGGGGACAAAGGAAACCGGGGGGAGAGGGGGAAGAAAGGCUCUAGAGGGCCUAAAGGGGAUAAAGGGGACCAAGGAGCGCCUGGACUAGACGCCCCCUGCCCGCUGGGAGAAGAUGGCUUACCAGUCCAAGGCUGCUGGAACAAGUGACGCCUCUAACCUCGGAUUGGCCUGUGUGUGUUUGUACAUAGGAUAUUUAUUUUUAUACAGUUUUCACCUUUUGAAAAUGCCCAAAGUAUGAUGCAUCUUACAGAUCAUUGAAAAAGAAAGAGGAAAGCCUGCAUAUUUUGUACAGAAAGCAACCCUUCCCCUUUUGUUUACAAGGCGUUUUUGUAUAAAUCUGUUUCUAAUACACUUUCUGUCUGUGAGUCUGCUCCUAAUGUUGCAUGAUAUUUGUGCACACUUAUUAAAUAUCACAGCUUAAUAAGUUAUUGUGUUCCAUCACCAAAGGGGGCCGCCAGCACAGAGGUGCUGCAAGCUUCCGUGUGAAUUCACAGAAAUGUGGAGAUACAUGGCGUUUGCCAGACUAGAUGCGUCUGACAGUAUUUUACACUUUAAUGGACUUUCAUUAUUAAAAAAAAAUGAAAUGUGGCAAUUUAUGAUCCUGAUUAAUCACUAAAUUAAAUCCAUUCUGUCUUGUGCAAGCAGGAAGUCUCAGAGACACGAGCCCUCAGAAGUGUGGAGCAAUAUUGGGAAAUGUUAGCUUCAACAAAAGGAGGGUGGAGACUCCUUUUAGGAGAUGUUCCUUAUGUCAAAUCCUAAAUUCAUCACUUGAGCAUUGAGGGUUCAGCAAUACUGAGAACCACCCGGGCCGCAAAGGGGACUUACGUAAUUGCUUCAGGGUUUGGGUAGGGCUUUUGUUUGUUUUAGUUUCUCUUUUUUUGUUGUUUUGUUGUUGUUGUUGUUGUUUGUUUUGUUUUUUGAGACAGGGUUUCUCUGUAGCUUUGGAGCCUGUCCUGGAACUAGCUAUUGUAAACCAGACUAGCCUUGAACUCAAAGAGAUCCACCUGCCUCUGCCUUC